AUGGGUAUCUGGUUCUACAACGAGCACGAUCACAUCUCCAUCUCCGAGUGCUUGAUGAGCGCCUACAACGAAGACGACCCUGAGAACCCGUCAGUCAACCGAAACUGGGCAACCAAUCAGAACGCUCCAAAUACCGCCGGUCAGUCUGGUGCCACGGGUCAGAAUCUGUUGGAGAUGCUGAGCCAGUCCCAAACAGAAAGCACCAAUCAGCAACUAGAGAAACCCUCUAUGUUUCCACAGGACUGGCGCACGUACCAAUCACAUAGGGCCAUGACCUUGGACAACGCACAAAAGCACACCCAAUGUCCUCGUGUCAUGUCGCCCAAUGACAUCGUGUCACGUCAGGUGCAGAUGGCACAGAGAAGUGGUGACAUCGUUGCACAUGUAUGGAUCACAAGGUUAAAUACCAUACGUGUAGAUGUGCACACGGUUGCUAUGGUUACAGACCAUGUAUGGUCCCUGCAGCAGGGGGUCGGGGCCAGUUCAGCACAAGAACGAUCCUCCACGGGAGAGUCGACGUACACUUCGGUACAGCAACACCCCACACAGCCGCAACAGCCGCAACACCCCCCUCAUCACCAUGGCAACCACGGCACGGGCAGAGACAUGCUCCUGCACCCGAACGGAAAUGGACUGUCCCAGCAACAACUGGGCCAACCACCACCGCAAAUGCUACGCCAACAAUCAGCCCAGUCGAUAGGGCAACAGGUAACUCACCAACACCAACACCAACACCAACACCAGAUACCGGGACAAACCGGGACGCCGCAGACGCCGCAACAGUACCGAACUGACACGGGCAUGCCAUACCACGGGCCCACUGGAGACAUGAGUCAUGUAAACGCACAACACACACAGAUGCACUCGCCUACACCCACUUACGGCUACGCAGCAACAGACCACACCGCACCACCACCACCACCACUAGGUGAGUCCGUGGGUGUGCACACGGGCCACACACGCCCGCACUCACAGCCCAAUACGCCGUUUGCCACGGCACAGAGUGAGGGGGAGCCAUUCAACGCACACACACAAACACACGCACACUUACAACCACACGUACAGCCACACUCGCAAUUAAAGUCACACGCGCGAAGUGAGAGGGAUACGCAACCGUCUGCAACGACGCAGGAUCUUCAAGAGGCUCUGGCGGGGCUGCGGAUAUCGCAGACUGCACCACAGCCAACUUACACACGCGCACAAUACACUCUCUCGCCACAGACACACACACAGCCACAGGCACACACACAGUCACAGUCACAAACAGGGCUUGGUGGUGUUCAGCUGUUUGCCUCCAUGUUGCCUAUUGCGUGUACCGAACCUCCCAAGGACAAGUUACCCAAGGCACCGAAGGUGUCGCGCAUGAUACCUACACAGGCACGCAUGGUCAAGAAACGUGCCAGUGUGGUUGCCAUGGCACCCGCGGAGAUGCUCACGAGCGAAGCCUUUGCCAUCGCGUUGGUGACGGCUAUUCAGGACCAGUCGAGCCCAGUACUCAGUAAGUUGUAUGAGCAAUACACGGCAGAGUUUCAACGGAAUCGCGAGCGUUUAGAACCAUCUUCCCAAUAGAACAGCCGGAGAGUCAACGUCCCCAGCCCAUGGCAUGUCAGCUGGAGUGCUGGUGAACUCUAUUUACUCCUGAUAGGCUUGUGUGCGGAUAGACAGCUUGGACUUGGAAGUAUCAUACGUAUAGGUCACUCACUGCAACCGACCCAAUCUUAGUAGUAAAUAUAUAUGGUAUAUACAGGGGUAUUAUUAGUAUAUAUGGUAUAUGUGGUAUUAGAACUAUACAUAGUAUACGUGAUAAAGAACAACAUAUGACGGACCUGUUUGCGCACCCACAGGGCGCUGGUCUGACAGGGACGCCAAAAAAAACGACCGGAAAUAUUCUGAAUAAAUCAAUACAAAUCCAAAA